AUGAAUGGUAUGGAUGUCGCUGAUCAACUGCGAUCAUACUACAAUACACAACAAACAACACGAAGAAAUUGGAUGCCUCUUUUUUUUUGGUUGCUUGAUACUACAAUUAUUAACACGUAUCAGAUUAUCCGAACUUUAGGAUCAACACAAGAACACAAAGAAUUUCGUCAUGAGCUUGUUUGGGAUCUUAUCGAUUUUGCCAAUGAUCCUGAUAAAGUUCAACUGAGAAAUAACUCAGAAAAAGAAACGAAAUCAACAAAAGAAAUAAAGCGACCAAAAGUAACAAAGCAUUUUGAGCUUUCAGAUCAAUGGUUGAUACCUGGAAAUCACUUUGCAGAGUGGAGAGAACAACGGGAAGUGUGUCAGUGGUGCGCUUGGCAAGCAAAAAAAAAAGAAUUGAAUAUGAGCUGUAAAUCACCAAAUCGAAAUCAACUAUG